AUAAUAAUAAUAAUAACAGUCAUUAUAAAAAAAAUGUGAGAGGAGAAGAAGAAGAUUCCACCACACCAAACUACUAUUUGCAGUUGCAUUCAAGCCUAAGGAACCGACACUCUCAACCAUACCUGUCGGCAACAACACCAGUAGCUUACAUCAUCACACUUCAGAGAGUUCAGAAAAAGAAAAAAGGAAUUGUAAACUAGUUUCUUUUGAUUUGGUUUUCAGAGAUACUCGUUCAUGUUGGAAGAGGAAGAAGACAGUGUUUGCGUUUCAACAACUAAGCUAAGUGAGUGUUGAAACUGAUUCACCUUCAAGUCAAGCUCUUAACAGAAUCAGUAAAACUUAAAAACGCUUUGAUUUGAGUUUCAACGCUCUCAAAUGUUAGUCCAAGAGCGUUCAGCUCCCAAAUCCACAAACUCUAAACCCAAUUCAAGAAUCAAUGGAUCUCUUCCAACGAAUCGAUUUGCAGAGACGAAGAACCUUGACUUCUCGGCGUGGGUUUCCGAGAAUCUCUACAAGAUCGUCGCCGUCGUGGCCCUCGCCGCCACCGUCGCCGCUCUCUUCUUCCUCCGCAAUGUCGGCGACACCGCCGCGCUCCUUUGCUUCGAGAAGCAAGCACAUGACCUCGAGAAGAUCGCGUUCCCACGCGUUGAUUGGAACAACAUAGCUCCCAUUCGGGAUACGGCGUCGAAGUUCACGAAUUUUCGGACGGAACGGUGGAUCGUGGUGUCCGUUUCCGGUUACCCCUCCGAUUCGCUCCGUGGUCUUGUGAAGAUCAAAGGCUGGCAGGUUCUUGCGAUAGGGAACUCGAGAACGCCCUCGGAUUGGAGCUUGAAAGGUGCGAUCUAUUUAUCACUGGAAAUGCAGGCUAAUUUGGGGUUUAGGGUUGUUGAAUUCCUUCCUUAUGAUUCAUAUGUUAGGAAAACAGUUGGGUAUUUGUUUGCGAUUCAGCACGGUGCUAAGAAGAUCUUUGAUGCUGAUGAUAGAGGGGAUGUGAUUGAUGGAGAUUUGGGUAAGCAUUUUGAUGUGGAGUUGAUUGGGGAGGGUGCUAGGCAAGAGGUUUUAUUGCAGUAUAGUCAUGAUAAUCCGAAUCGAACCGUUGUGAAUCCAUAUGUACAUUUCGGGCAGCGUUCAGUUUGGCCUAGAGGGUUGCCUUUGGAGAAUGUAGGUGAAAUUGGGCAUGAGGAGUUUUACACUGAAGUGUUUGGUGGAAAGCAGUUUAUACAGCAGGGGAUUUCAAAUGGGCUCCCAGAUGUAGAUUCAGUGUUUUAUUUUACGCGCAAGUCAGGAUUAGAGGCUUUUGAUAUUAGAUUCGAUAAGCACGCCCCCAAGGUGGCGCUGCCGCAGGGUAUGAUGGUUCCUGUUAAUUCUUUUAACACGAUGUAUCAUUCGCCUGCGUUUUGGGCUUUGAUGCUUCCAGUGUCUGUUAGCACAAUGGCCUCCGAUGUGUUGAGAGGUUACUGGGGACAGAGGCUUCUUUGGGAAGUUGGUGGUUAUGUUGCGGUAUAUCCCCCUACUGUACAUAGAUAUGACAAGAUCGAGGCCUAUCCUUUUUCAGAAGAGAAAGAUCUACAUGUUAAUGUUGGUCGUUUGAUCAAUUAUUUGGUUUUGUGGAAAUCCAAUAAGCAUAGAUUGUUUGAGAAGAUUUUGGAUUUAAGCUAUGCAAUGGCUGAGGAGGGCUUUUGGACCGAGAAGGAUGUGAAACUUACAGCUGCUUGGCUGCAGGACUUGUUAGCUGUUGGCUACCAGCAGCCAAGGUUGAUGUCGUUGGAAUUGGGACGUCCAAGAGCGAAUAUUGGUCAUGGUGAUCGCAGGGAAUUCAUCCCACAGAAAUUGCCAUCUGUUCACCUUGGUGUUGAAGAGACGGGAACUGUGAAUUAUGAGAUUGCAAAUUUGAUCCGAUGGAGGAAAACUUUUGGGAAUGUUGUGCUUAUUUUAUAUUGCAGCGGGCCUGUGGAACGUACAGCCCUUGAAUGGAGAUUGCUUUAUGGGAGAGUGUUCAGAACCGUAGUUAUUUUGUCUGAAAAGAAGGACAUGGACCUUGUUGUGCAGGAAGGCAAAUUGGACAAAGCAUACAGGUACCUGCCAAAAAUAUUUGAUCAAUUUAGCAGUGCGGAAGGAUUCUUGUUCCUACAGGAUAAUACCAUUCUUAAUUAUUGGAACUUAGUACAAGCAGACAAAACUAAGCUAUGGAUCACUAAUAAGUUAUCUGAGUCUUGGACACCUGUAUUAACCAAAGGCGGCAAUUCAGAUUGGUUAUCGCAACAAGCAAGCAUGGUACAGCAGGUUGUUAGCAUGAUGCCAGCACACUUUCAAGUGAAUUACAAGGAAUUUAAUCCCAAUGAAAAGAACCUCUUACUUUGCAAUUCUGAGGUAUUUUAUGUUCCUCAGCGCCUUGUCAGUGAUUUCAUUGAGCUUGUUAGCCUAAUUGGCGAUCUGGAUAUCCAUCAGAAGGUUGCAAUUCCUAUGUUCUUUGUGUCCAUGGAUUCCCCACAGAAUUUCGACCCUGUUCUUGACACAACAAUCUACAAGCAAAAAUCCCCCACUAAUUCUUCCGCUCUUUAUUCGGCUAAAGUCCCUGCUGUGCAUCCAUGGACUGUGUCAAGUGAGCAAGAUUUCAUAAAGCUUAUUAGAAUCAUGGCAGAAGGUGAUCCACUCCUAAUGGAGUUAGUUUGAAAGUACACAAGAAACAUGUAACACUCAGUUAGC